GCUUGGGCCGUCGAAGUAGAGAAGCGAGCCGGUCCAUAAUGAAUCUAAUCCAGCGUGACAAAAUGAAAUGAAAUGGACGAACGUUCGCAAUCGAGGAAGCACAGAAGCGAAGAGGGAAAAGAAGAAGGAGGAAAGCAGAAGUAGUUGGGUGUGGCAAUUGGUUGCGCGAGCGAGCGAGCGAGAGAGAAAGAAAUGGACGACUACACGAGGGAAAUGAUGGACCUGAAGACACUCGUCACUCGCACUCUCGAGAAGAAAGGCGUCCUCGCCAGGAUCCGCGCCGAACUCAGAGCGAGUGUGUUCGAAGCCAUCGAAGAGGAGGAUCGCGUCAUCGAGAAGGACCAAGGUCUACCUCCUGCAUUGCUCGGCAGCUGCAACGAUCGAGCUAAACAGCUUCACGCUUCUCCUCCAGGGAGACUCCUUACGGCGAUGAUAUGUGAAUACCUUGACUGGGCGCAGCUCAAUCAUACGCUGAAAGUUUAUCUUCCGGAAUGUAAUUUGCAGGAGAAGGAUUUUUGGAAGGGGGAGCUUAAAGAGUUUAGUGCCAAAAAUGGAUAUGAUCUCAACAGAAACAGGGAUAGUCCUCUACUCCUGGAUGUGCUCGAAGGAUUUUUGAAGCUUGAGAAUUUAUCCCAAGCUAGGGCUAGUGGUAGGAGAUUUACUGGUUCAGAAACCGAGCCUUUACCUAACUCAGAAUCCCGUAGCACCCGAAGGCAUUCUUCCUCAUCUGUUGCUGGUGGCUUACCUCCCCUGGGAAGGGCUGUUCCUUCAUCUCAGGCAUCUGAUAGGAGAGGAGGAUCCUCCAUGUCUGCUUAUAGGAAGGAUGAGUACAAUUGGCGAUAUGACGGUGAUGAACUUCCUGAGGACAUAAUUCAAGCCUCAAGUGCUUUGGAAAAUCUUCAAUUGGACAGAAAAGCUCGGAAUCUAACAUCUUCUUGGCGACAUGCUGGCGAUGGAAUCAGUGAGGAUGAUGGCAGGGUUGAUCACGUGUAGAGGGGCAGACAUUGCUUGCAUAACCACAGUCUGCUCCUGUAUUUUAUUGUGUAUUCUGAAUUUUCUGUCUCGGGCGAUAAUUGUAUGAGCCUAAUUUUCUGUAAGAUCAUUUAAUUGUGAUGUGGUUUAGUGUUUUUUUAUAAGCUAUUUUCUCUCUAAAAUUCCCCUCUUUGGCUUC